AGCUACUUGGAGGUUCUUUGUAUGUAAAUAGGGUGUAAAAAAGGCCCUCCCCGUCUUUGUAAUUAAUUGACACGUUAUACCACUCAUCAUGCUCUGAAGCACCAAUGGUAGAGGCUCGGAUCUCCCCAAAACCCACAAUUUCACAUCUGCAAACACUGUCUUCAUCCACUUGACUCCUAAGACCCGCCCACACGUGGCCAACCUUUCGCGUUUUUUAAUGCUUUUUCACUGCAGGUUCAUGUGUUGAGACCAACCUUAUAUGGACUGAUCGGACAAGGUAAUGGCUUAUUUCCCUCUAGCACCCAGCAGUAGCACAAUAUCCAUGAGCCACAUAUAGCACUUCAGCCACUUUGGCAUCCUUCCUGGACUUAAAGAGACUGAAUCCGCUGCUACUACUUGCUUAGGCAAUGGUUAUCCACAGUGGCUGCUUUGACUGUACUUCAGCGUAGAGCGACACUCACUCGUCCUGUUUUCCUGAAAAAUCGCUUCUGCUUUUUGUUGUUUGUUUUCUUUCAAAACAGCGGAUUGUCCGAAAAGCUGGUGCAGCAACUUUCCCUGCAUAUUCCCCCCCACCAGAAUAUGUCGUUGACCAACACAAAGACGGGCUUUUCUGUAAAGGACAUUUUGGACCUUCCUGACACAAAUGACGAAGAAGGAUCUAUCACCGGAGCGGAGGAAGACACAGAGGGAUCGGAGACCACGUCCACGACAAAAACCACUGGAGUUUUGGUGCAAAGUCCUCUAGAAAACGUUCAAAAUCUGCCUUUAAAGAACCCCUUUUAUGACAGUAGUGACAAUCCUUACACACGAUGGCUUGCAACAACGGACAGUAUUCAAUAUUCAUUGUUUCUCCCGUUUCUUGCCGCAGUGCACGGUCUAUCCGCCAGCUCUCAGGACUCCGCCAAGUCCCCGGAGCCUUCUGCGGACGACGAAUCGCCGGACAACGACAAGGAAACUUCCAGCAGCGGCGGGAGCGACUCUGGCAAGAAGCGGAAAAGGAGGGUGUUGUUUUCCAAGGCACAGACCUAUGAGCUGGAGCGCCGCUUCAGACAGCAGAGGUACCUGUCCGCCCCGGAGAGGGAGCACCUGGCCAGCUUGAUCCGCCUCACCCCGACCCAAGUGAAGAUCUGGUUCCAGAACCACCGGUAUAAGAUGAAGAGAGCCCGGGCCGAGAAAGGUAUGGAAGUGACCCAUCUCCCUUCUCCCAGGCGGGUGGCCGUGCCCGUCUUAGUCAGGGAUGGAAAGCCUUGUCACACUCUUAAAGCUCAGGACUUGGCGGCCACUUUUCAGGCCGGGAUCCCCUUUUCGGCAUAUAGUGCCCAGUCACUCCAACACAUGCAGUAUAACGCGCAGUACAGCGCCGCGGCCACGCCACAAUUCCCCACAGCACAUCACUUGGUGCAAACGCAACAGUGGACUUGGUGAGAGAAAUUAUAGAGACUUGGCUUGGAGGCGCGGUAGGGAGUUUCACCACAAAGCAAAGAAAAAAUAAAACACACAAACAAAAGACUUUUCAUUUUUGCAGCUUGACUCAUAUAUAUACUACCAUUUUUAUUCGGGGCUCAUGUGUGCUCCGUGUUUACAUGUUUUCGUUAAGAGAACUGGGUCCAAACCUCUCCCAUAUAGAUUUUAUUAAGAAUGUCAAUGCUCUUCUUGUGAUUUUUUAUUUUUUAUUUUAUUUUUUUGUAAGUAUGUUGUGUGUUGGUUGUAGAGAUGUUUCCUCUUUUUUUUCUUUGUCCCUUCGUGUUAUUAUCAGCACGUACGAACCACUUUAUAAUUAUAGAAAUUUUAAUUUCUUGCUUCUUUUAUGGACCGAAAAAAAUAUUUAUGGCCAUGAAUAAACACUGGCAAGUUUUCAGCUUUUUCCCUUUGGUUUUUAUUUCUUGUAAAUAAUUUUGUGGCAGGUGUUUGCAACGCAGAGCAGUUGCGGGAGUGUGGCGAUGAAGAGGGUUGUGUAGCCUACAUUUCUGAAUCUUUUAAUUAAAAAAAUAAAAUAAGGAGACUGCCGUGUAAAUAAAAACUGUAGCCUCGCGGCGACGGUAAAAUAACCGAUUUUGUUUUUUUAAAUAAAAAAAAAAACAUAAUUUAAAUAAAAUGCGUUGUUUCUGACACCAGGGUCUGGUUUAUAGCCGCCACUGUGAAAAUUCUAUUUUAUUUUAAAAGACACCGGUAAACGUGAUGAUAAAAGGCGAUGAUGAAAACACUUUAUUGUGGCACAGAAUGGAAGUGAGCACGGGAACGGAAAAAAAAAAAAUCUCCAGCGUACUUCAGUUCUUUCUCUUUCAGGCAAAUUUAAUCCCGAAAAUAUUUUUUCUCAAUCCGAACACCUCGCUAAUAAAGAGCCGAAAGUCACUUGUGAAAUGGGACUAAAAUCCACUCACUUACUAUAAGUGGGCUUCUCAACAUAAGAAGCUUUUGAGUGAAAAGCUCUCCUUUUUGUCAGCAUCCCCAACCACCCCCGGCCUUGGUUGUAAAGUGGUAGACUGCGAGGAAAAACAUCGUUUAAUGCAAUAAAUGUUUUGUUAUCUUGUUAAGCGCUAAACUGCAAACAGAGCAGGACGGAUCAAUGACUCACCAGCCUUCUUUGUUUAAUCACGGCAGCGUUCAGCUAAAAUUCACGUGGCUUACAGAGGCUUGAAGGGACUAAUAAAGACAUUUUUUACACGAUCAUAUAACAUUUUGGCAAUCAUAGCCCGCAUUACAAUAUACUUUACGCUAUUAGGCACGGCGUUCUUUACCGUGGGACCAAAACGAGCACAAAUGGCUCCCCAGUGAUCCGCAGAGCGCAUUGCGGAUUAUCAGACUCCAGUCAAUAUCUUGAGUAAAUAUGAUAACCUAGUUGAAAAAAAUCUAUGCAUUUUGUUUGUCCCGGGCCAAAAAAUCUCACAGCAGAUGUUAGAGUCGCCCCUAUCAUCACCGAACAAACAGCUAAAUUGGGCAGAUUUGCUAAUUAUUUACAGAAUUGAGUCUCAGGGGGCUACUGCUUUUGUGGAUGACACAGACUCAAUUUGUCGCUGACAGAAAGGUUUUGUGUUUCGAGCUUCCAGGUCAAAUAAAUCAAACUUUAUUAUUUUAUUUCUUUGUCUUAAAACCCCCAGAAACGUGUGUGUGCGUGUGUUAAAUAAGCAGACGCAGUUAUUAUAGAAACCCGCCACAUGCGAAGAGAAAAAUGACGUGAGUACCAGUGCGUGUUAUGAGAAUUAUAAAGAGAACCGAUAAGAGUCGAUGAUAAAUGAUUGCCUGUCUGUGAUUGGAUUUUAGUGAACUCUGACUGGUUUCUUUCAAAUCAAACUCAAACUGAACAAGUCCCGGAACAAUAACGCAAUUUAAAAACUCAUAAGUGAAAGAAUGACGCUGACAUUUGUGUCAGUUUUUGUCCAACAGAGAAGGCAGCUCUGCGACUCUAUCACUGCGCAACGCAAGUGCACGAGGCAAUAAAAAAAUAAAAAAUAAAAAACAAAAGCCCAGGCCUGGUUUCUGUGGAUGUUAGAGGCGUGCAUGCUAACGAGCAGCAGGAGUGGAGAUGCAGACAGUGUAGAUAGACAGAGUUUCUUGGUGCUGUUCAGAGUCAGGGAGAUGUAUCCUUGGGCUUUUUGUCCUGCCUGUCACUUGGUGCCAUUGUGAUCCUUGCUGCACACGUUGUGUCCCAUAUGGGCAGCUGGGCUCGGAAAAGGAGAAAAGAAUCUCUUACAAGCCCCAAAUUGUAUCAAGCUUUCAAAUAAAGCAUUGUUGUCUCUCAAAGAAAAACGAAUUAAAAAUUCGUGCUAUAUCUAUUCUGGUCAAAAAAGAAGCCCCAUUCACACAUAACAGGGAGUCCUUCUUCCUUGAUAGAGCUAUGCCAACAACAGCCUUCUCAUUUCUCUUUUCCCUCUAUCCUCCCAUUCUCCAACGUGAAAGGCCGAUUAUUGUCUGUCCAAAAAAGUGGCUCGUCAAGGCGCAAAAACUAUUUUUAAUUCUAGACAGUGUUCUUCCUUGUUUGCUGUGCGUGGGCCUGUUUCUAAAAUGAACACAUGGAAAAAUAUUUGACACUGUUUGGCCCCCGUCCUUUUUUAAGGACUUCCGUAUCGAGCGUAAACUUGAGCUACUAUUAAUUAACAAUUUACGGUUAGAUUUCACAGCAGCUCUCCUGACUUUAAAGCCAGUGCCACGCUGCUGUGCAAUAUACGGAUGCAGAACAAAUAAUACACCUGAGUAAUAAUUAAAUGCUGAAGCUGCCAUUUGCACUUUUAUUUUGCUGUGAUCUCUGGAAAAUGCAGAUGUUUUUCCGUGAGGACAAAAACUGGGUUUGUUGGCAGGUGUGUUGUGGACUUUUGCGCAUGAAAGACCGGAACUGAUCCCAUUCAAGUGGUUUCUUUAUUCAUAAAUUGCCUUUACAUUUUCAUAUUUAACAAUAUGAUAUUUAACACUUUUUCGGAACCAUACAAAUCUGCUUUCAGAAAUUAUGCUCACUUGCUAAUAUAAAGUGAUUUAAACCAGCUGGAAGCUCCCUGCGCGUUCAGUCUGGCUCUGUCGUGUUUUCCACAAAACUGAAGUAAAACCUCAAUAGUGUCUUCGUGGAAGCCUUUACGAUAAACUUUUAUGACGAACAGCAUUCUCUUUGCACCCCCGUAUUGCCAUUAACGCACCAGAAAAUUACACUACACCUCUAUCCGCUCAGCAACAGGGUCAGAUUUAUCGGAAAUUGCUUUUGGCUGCUUGAAGGGAUAAAGCAGUACGAUAUUAAAACAAGCAUCUUGGCGUGCAGCAUAGUUCAACCUGCGUGGAUAACUCUAUUAUAUACCUUGGAAUACAAUACUUGAGGAAAUAUGCACUUGGGACACCGUGAAUCUUCGUCAUCCUGCCCAUUUGAACCUCGACAUGAAUCAUUUUUCUAUCACGCACAUCGCCAAAUAAACGAGGAUUUCAAAGCUAUAAUAAGCGGUGCUUUUCAUUUAAAGGAAGCGAUCUGGGUUUUAUUGCCUUAAAGGAGAUCCAGAUUAGAUUCGCCACAGUGCCGAUAUUAAAGAGAAAGGGGAGUGAUGGAGGGAGGGGGAGGGGGAGACGGAGAAGAAAAAACGUUGCGCCAGGUUGCCACAAGAUGGAAGCAGAGGUCUUCAGUUGGCGCCAUGCAGCUCUUACCUGCAAAUGUCGCCUUACUGCAUCUAAUUCCAUCGCUACAAAUUACUGCAGCUAAAUCAUAUUCCAACUGCUGAAAUAAUGCGCCUUUUUUUCUCUUUAAUGAACCAGCAAACUUGACUGUCUUUUAAGUGCAUGAUUGCGGUUUAUGACAUUGUUAUGGAUCUUGAGAGCAUAAUCAUAUCGCUCUUCAAAACAAACUAGGCUCGACGUAAACAGUCCACGGGCAAUUAGCACAGUUUCCAUUUCACAGUCAGAGAGAGGGAACUGGCGGAGAAAUAGUCUGCGUGUCUCCACGGUGUGGCGCAAUUGGAUAGGGGGAGAAACGGGGUGCAGCAGCUCGCAGAUUAAUUCACUCCAGUGAAAGUGAACAAUGGGGGUGAAGUAAGGUUUACCAAAGAAAGUCUGAAUCAAUCAUCGCCUUUUACAACAAAGAAGGCUGUGAGUCAUAGCUGGUCACGCGUGUGAAAAUCUAAAUCUACACCGCUGCUACGUUUUGUGCCAGAAACGCAAAGGAGAGGUGUGUGUUUUUGUUUUUUAAAAAAUAAAAUCAAACAAAAUAAUAACUAUCUACUUGGAGCAUCAAAUAAACUCAGAGAGGGCUGGAUCUGUUUCCUUACGAUCAAAGGAAAAUAAUGAAAAUUAAGCAUCAUAUUUGGUAUCAAGAAUCAAAUCGUUAGCAUUUUGGGUUUUUACAUGUGCAUCACGUCCUGCAGUCACAUAGACUUACUUUCCAAGCUGCAAAAUGCCUGAACACAUCCCUCCAUGUAGAGAACUAUGCAAAGCACUGCAAAAUGGGUCAAAUGACGUCAAAGUAAAAGCUACCAUCUUUAUGCACCUGCUCAGUUCAGCGUCAGUGAGCUUGCAACUGUAGGGGGCCUCAUUGGGUUAGAAACGUUUCGCAGCAGGGGGUGCGGAGAUGCUGAACACGGUGAAGGAGGGUUGAGGGGAGAGGAGAUAAAUUCUUAAUCUGCUUGCAUUGUGACCAGUUUUGACUUUGGAAUAAAAACAGCGGUUUGAAACAAACACACACAGCGCUGAGAGCAGAAACAUAUCAAGACAUCAACACUAGGGCUUCUUCUGUUUGCUGUUUUGGUGUCAGUCGGUGGGCAUGUGAAAGUAACACGGUCAUAUUCGAAUCCACGAGCUGCAUUCAAAUUGGUGCUGUGUGUAUUAGUGUAGGCGGCAGGCUGCUGUGUGAAGCAGACAAAGCCCACAUGACACAUAUACAAGUUGACUCAGCGAGCGUCUGCAGAGUACUGUUCACAUCAGCAGCCCAUCUGCGUGAGAAGAGCCUGGAGAGGUGCGAGCUGCCUAACACAAACACCAGCAUCUAUGACUUACACAAGGAAGAAACCGGAGAGCUGAAGUUUUCUUUGGAGCUCAAAGGGGAAUCCUUCCAUCGUCUCCGAACAGCUCCAGCUUCUGUCACACUGUGUUUAUCUAUAAGAUUAAAUAAAACAGGAUUGUCUUUGUCCACUUUAAUUUGAACUGUACCCAUUUAACAGUCAAGAGUAGUGCUUUUCUAUGAUACACUAAAAGCAAGUAUACGCCUGCAGCGCUCUGUAACAAAUCUAUUUGAUUCACAGCCGAUGAUAAGCUAAAUUCAUAAAAGGCUUGUCAUUGUUCUCACUGAAUGAAGUCACUAUUUGUAGAUGACUUAUCUAAUGUGUCUAAUUAAAGGAAUAAUUGUGAAAAAGCAUUUUAAGUUGCGCACAGUUUACUUUCUGGUGUGAAAGAUUUCUUGAUGUUAAAUUGGCACUCGUGUUUGAACUCCAUUAUUGGGGAAAUAUAUGCUAAAUAUGAACACAGCUUGUGUUAUUGCAAUGACAAACUAUAUGCUUCUACCGUGAGCACAUUAGGAGGGGUGUAACAUAUACUUACCAUUACUUGUUUAGCUCAUUAGCAUGUACACGUAAACAUCAUGGCAUCCAUUGGUUUAACAAGUGGACACCAGCUCUCCAUGCUGCUUCUUACUCUGCAGCGCUUUGACUUGUUAUUGCUUCUCCUUUCUUCCCCCUGACUGCAGUUCUGUUGCACUAUAAAAUCUAUUCGCUUGAGUUUCGUCAUCCAUGUAAGCCCACGGUCACAACCUUCACUUUACUUCUAUAACAGGUUUUUUUUUUUUUUGGUGCUUUUUUCUUUCAUAUUUGUCUGCAUUAGAGGUAUGAAAUGCCAAGACAGGAAAUGUAAACACAGUGACGUUAUUCGGAAAUUUAAUGAUUUUAAGGAAAAUCUAGUCAUUGGAUACGAUCUCUAAGUAAACACUGCAAGACAUCCGCAUGUAUUCAGUUUUCAUUCUUGCCUCCACACGCAAGAGAAAACACGCCACGGUGUUUUGCCGUGGGAGACGCUGAUCGUGCAGUUCUUUAAAAGUGGCAGGUCUGAGUUUAAAGUGCUGCAGAUGACCAGCAGCCAGCUCAGAGUCAUCUCACGGAAAAGGGGCGAGCGUCAAGGUUCUUGACUUUGCUGAAUGUUGAGAUUAAGAAAACAGCAAAGAGAUGAGGAGAGUGACAGGGUGAGUAGAGUGCUCAGAGACUAAAGUUUGGAUUUUUCUUCUCAAAUAAUUUACUCAAUCUAAUCUACUCCACGAACCGAUGUAAAAUCCUAUAAUGUGUAUGAUGAAUUAAAUAAAGGACUGCAAAAAAAUCACGUUGUUUUGUUAAUUUUUGGUAUUUUCUGACGAGUGUGCUUAGGAUCAUAAUGAAAUGAUGAUAAGUGGGAUACAAAUUGAAUUUACCUACCACGACAUGGGUAUGAAACGCAGAUAGUGUAUGUCAUAAUUUUUCUUAAAAUGUUCUAAAGUAUGAAUCAUUAAGUCAUACUGUAGCAGCCAAUGCCUCUGCUUCCAUGAGAGACAAUUACAAAAAAAAAAGGUUGUUGAGUGCCAUUAACAACUAAAUGUGUCUCAAGCAGCAAUGUUUAAUUCAGCCUUCUCCAGCCCUCACUGAUGGGCAAGCUCUGAUGCAUUACUGAAAAAAUAGAUAUAAAAUCAUUCAUCCAUCAUUUUUAGCUGGUGUAAAGUGUAAGGGCAAAGGUCAGGGAAUACGGUGAUUAUUAGUUUUAUACAAUGACCUGCGAGAUCAACUGAGAUUCUUGAGCCUGCCAUUUUAAAUAUGUAGUCACACCACCUUAUUCUAAUGGAAAAGAUGUUUAACAGUCGAGCGCUGGAGCAAAUAUUUCUUCAUCUUUUAUCAACUUAACUUUUUAAAUCGACCUAGUAGCUCUGAUGCUGUGGUAUUAAUGCACUGUACAAGUGAAGGGGCGUUAAGCCCUUUGCAGAAGAAGCAGGAAAAGUAGAUGAUUCAAGUUUCAGUGUCUAUAGUAUGAGUGGACUGUUCAUGCACCCCUUUGGUUUUCCAACCGUGUCUUUUUUUUCUUUCUUUUCUUUUCUUUUCUUAAAAAAAACAAAACAAAAAAAAACAAGACUUAAUUUCACACCAGGUGACUUUUUCUACACAUUAUAUCCAAAUGAUCCAGAGUCCUUAAUUUGUAAAUUAAGGCAACAUCAUUCACAGUCUGUGUACCUGUGCAAUGCCUGUGGGACAAUGCAAAUAUGACACAUUACCUUUUUGUUUCAGAUAUGCUGUAAUUAAUGAUUAAUUAGAUGAGCUGAUCUACAUGCCCAAAUAAAUAUGCAAUAAAAAUACGAUAAAGAUAGGCACUCUUAUUUGGACUUGAAAUCGUUUCAUAGCACCUGCAGGUAAAUUUCAACCCACGGUGAAUGAUAAUGUUCAGAGCCGACUAAGCUCAAAGUCGACUGUCUCUUGCAUCUCUGAGUUCUAUUAAAAGUUGUGCUGCUGUGUUAUGAUAUGCAAAUCACCAUAUGGUCUUAUUUCCCUUUGUCUUCUCUUUCUCAA